AUGGCAAGAAAAGUUGAAGCUUCCAUUAUUUUUCCGCUUAUGCUGCUCUUACUCUACUCAGGUGGAGCUCAAUGCACCGAACAGCCCGAGAAAACUUGGUGUGUGGCGAAGCCUUCUUCUAACGAUGCUACUUUGAGCGCGAACCUCAACUAUUCCUGCUCUCAGGUGGACUGCAGCAUUUUACAGAGGGACUGUGCUUAUCCAAACACCCUCAUAUCCCAUGCUUCCAUAGCAAUGAACCUCUACUACCAAGCCGUGGGUAGGAACUACUGGAACUGCUACUUCAGCAACUCUGGAUUGAUCACCACUACUGAUCCAAGUUUUGAUCAUUGUUCUUAUGCCUGA